AUGUUUCUUCCUCCACAACAAGAGCAGCUUUCAUUGUCUCCAGUAAAAAUUACAUUCAUUGAUCAACAGGUUGAAGACACACAUGUAGAUCUUGCAUCAGAUUUUAUUCAUAAACCGUUUCAACCUAAAAAUUUAAUCAAAUUACUCUAUACUCAACGAGAGAAACUCUAUAUCGAAGCCAAUGUGCCAAAACCAUUAGAAGCCACAGAGAAAAAUAUAGUUCCUUUAAUUCCAAAGUACUCCUCAACUCCACUUCAAGUUUUGCAAAUUCUUAACUCAAUAAUUUUACGUAAUGAUUUAGAUUUAGUCGUAACAUUAUUCAAGAAGACACAUAUUGCGCACGUUAUCAUUGGCUGGCUCGAUAAAUGUCAGAAUCCAAUCGAUAAAGCUCUUUGUUUGAACAUUGUAUGCGUCUGCUCAGGCUUCUUAGCUGAUAACCAAGCUUACAAUUCAUCAGAGAUCAUUGCCUCCCUAUUAAAUUCAAGCCAAUCCGUUACGAAGAAGCAUUUAAUUGCAUUAAUGAGUCUCCUUUAUCACAAAUACACAGAUAUUGAUACCAAGCGUAUUUCUUAUACAAUGAAGCCAUUUAUUUCCAACUCUACACAGCUUUCUAUGGCGAAUUUGAACUAUUUACUUUAUGAUCCACCUCCAAAAGCAAUCCAAGAGGUCCAGGAUAUGCAGAAGCAGUUCACAAUAUCACAGGAAUACAUAGAUUACCUAAACGGAAGCCCAAUGGCCGAUAAAUCUCAUAAUGACAAAGCCAGAGUGUUUUUGACAACAGUUGGAGCCCAGAUUCCUAAAUUUGUUGAGUACCUGGCCAAAGCUCUCCACGGAACAUCGAGAUUUUUGAACUCUUCUGUAAAAUAUGAUCCGAUAUACGACGUAAACAUCGAAAAUCCACAAGAAGAGAGUGAUUUACAAUGCGACAUUACCACACUUUCCAUCUGGGCCACUUUAUUUGUUGUCCAUCAGUAUCUUUUGACGUCAAACCAAUUUGAUGCCGAAAUCUUCAAUCAUUUUGUGGCCAAAUACGAUUUCGUUCCAUACAUGUUACAAUCCAUCCACAAUAUCAAUGUUUUCUUCUUCGAUAACGACGGAGAACUCCGAAUUAACGAAUCAUCAGUUGUAUUAGCUAUUCAAUCAAUGACAAACUUGCUUCUUAACUCACCAAGUAGAAUAUCCCAGUACAUAACUGAAGCAGGAUUGCAACAAUUGAUUAAAUCUGUCGAAACAAUUGAAAUUCAAAGCAUAAAAGCAGUUCUCGCAAAGCUUAUUGCAGUAUCAUGCUACUGGAUUCCGAGAGAACAGAUUGGCCCUACUCCUUCCGGUCCAAAUCUCACUCUGGUGAACUUUGUCUACUUGAACUUGGAACAGUUUGAGUUCUACCAGAGACUUUCAUGCGACAAAGGAAGUAUUCCACCAUGCCUGGAGUCACAGACUUACUUCACUGCUCUAAAAGAGUACGCAACAAAACUUGGACUCAAAUUGGUCGAUCAGUGGUAA